CGAUUAUUAGUACCGACUGGCGCAGUACUCCUCAACUGUUGCACGGUCUUAUUCUGAGCACUCGCGCUCGCAGCGAGCUGAGCGGCACUCGUACGAGGCAAGCGCGACGACACUCCGCUCGCAUCGACCGCGACACUCGCGAGUACCACCAAAGGCACUAUCCAAUGGUACCUCAUAAUUUACUCGUCUAUAUAAUAUAUUUUAGACAGAAAAAUGUUACAUUCUUCACAAUUAUUAUCAAUAAAACACGAAUGACUGUGUACUACGGUACUAUAAUAUACACCUGCUGUCAGUUAUAUGGUUCUUCGUAUUCCGAUCUGAAUGAGCGUUAAUGUGGUACUAAAUGGUUCCCGCCAUGGUACCGCGGCGACCAGACGUUUUGGUCGGCAGCAUUUGGCGGGUACAGAACCGGAGUACUUUUCAAUCAAAGGGCCCUAUUUUCGAAGCAAAAAGCCCCUUCAACUAUCGAAAAUGGCCGUAAAUUUAGUACAAAAGCGUUUCAUGUCCUCGGCCCUACAAAAAUUCUGCUACAACCUUGCCGGAUUCAACAAAUACGGAUUGUGGAGGGACGACCUACUAUAUGCGAACCCCGACGUCCAGGUGGCUUUGAAAAGGUUGCCCCAAAAUGUUGUAGAUGAGCGCAACUACAGGAUGCUCAGAGCCACCCAGUUAUCUAUUCAGAAAACCUAUUUACCAAAGGAACAAUGGACCAAAUUAGAAGACGAUAAGCUAUAUUUAACGCCUUUGGUUGAGGAUGUUAUCAAGGAGAGACAAGAACGUGAAGAAUGGAACAAAAUCUACUAAGAAAUAGUCCAUUUGAAUUUGAAGAUGUAGAAAAACCCAAUUUAUUUAUACUUGUUUAGGAUUUUGUGUAUUUAAUUAAGUUGUAAAAAUAAAAUAAGUACCUAUAUGAUUAUAUUGGUUGGUUGUUAGUAAAGGGUUAGAGAGGGGAGAAAUACAAAUAUAGUUAUAAGACAGGGUUGUAUUUUGUACUACAAAGAUAAAGAUUGUACUGGUUGCAG